AUGACUCGUCUUUUCGGUAAUUAUAUUUUUUAAAAUUGUUUACCUAUUAUGCUUUGUUUAAUAUAAUUAUUAUAAUACCUACAAAUAUACCAACGUAGCUAACCUGUCUUGAGUACAUAAGUAUACCUAGUGAUGUAAAUUUUCAUGAAAAUUUUAUAAUUUUUCAUAUUAAUUUCUUAUCGAAUAAAUCUCUUGAUUAUAAUAUAGUUAAUAUCUAGUUAUAUCUAGUAUAUUUAAUCUUCAUAAUUAUAUUUAAAAUUAUGUACUUAUAUUACCAUUUAUACAUUUAUUAAUAUUAUUUUGGUAUUAUUCUACUGAACAUAGUAUAAGAAAUCCAAAAUACAAAUAAAUUUAUCUCGGUAAUAAUUGUGCAUUUUCAUUUAUUGUUAAAAAUGUUGGUUAUUAGCUAUUACUAAUUACACUGUAUCUAAUUUUAACACAAGACCACAAGUUAUAACCAUUAUAAACUAUAAUUGAUAAUUAUGUUUUAUUUAACAUGUAGGUACCUAUAUAUCUUAAUUUUUUAGUUUAUAUUUACAGACGUUUAAUUCAUAUUUGAAUUAUAAACAUUUACUAUUAUUACAAAUUUGGAAAAAAAAAAUAAUAACAAGACUAUACAUUUUGGUUACAUUAAUUACACUUUUCCAUUUGCAGUAUAAUUACAGGUAUCUAUAAAGUGUUUUCUAGUUAAAUUCGGCUUCAUAACGUGUGCAAUGAAAUAGACAUUUUUUAAAUUUUUUAGCCGUUGUGAAUUGUAAAUAUUAUCAAUUGUCAAAACACUCAUGUCUCUGAACGAUAACAGUACCUAUAUAUAAUCAUUGUUAUUAUAUGUACUUUUUAUCAUUUAUAUUCUAUUCAAGCAUUGAUAACCAAUGGACACUAAUAUAAAUAGUUGUGAUGUAGCGUUACCAAUCAAACAACCUCAACAAUUAAUUAUGUUGGGAAAAUUAUAUUAAAACUAAAAUUUUCAAAGCAAGUUGAAAAUUUCAAUGAAAAAAAAAAAUGUUCAAGCUUAUAUCUGUAGGUAUUCCUAGCAUGAAAUCUAUUUGGCUUAUUAUUUGGAAGUUUGAUCAGUUCUUAGUCGAGUGAUUGUAUCCGCGAUGAAAACUAUUCGGUGUAGGUAGUAGACCGAUAUUCAAUCUUUCGACUUUGUUUGUCAGUUGGCUUUUUAUUACAAUAUGAACCCCUCUAUGUAUUCAUAACUUUAAUUUAUUUACUAAUACAAAUUUAAAAUUGGUAAAAAGUAAAUAAUAAAUAUCCACUUAUUAUAAACUGUUUGUAAUAUAUAGUAUGUAUAUAUUAUAUAUAUAUAUAUAUAUAUAUAUAUUACACAGAUAAUAUGCCUCUAUAAAAUAACAAAUCUAAGUUUACGUAGGUUUGAGAUUUAUUAUUUAUUAAAGUUUUACAUAUUACCACAAUGACUGGCUUUGACAGAAUUCAUCAUCGCGACAUCAGAUUAAGUGCCAAUACCGUACAUUAAUUAUAUAUAUAUAUGAUAUUUUAUAACGCUUUAUUUUUAAAAAAAAAAACUUAAAAAUUGCUGUAAAAAGACACUCGUUCAGUUGGUCGUUUUAUUAAUAAUAGUUUAACUAAUUUAAUAAUAAUACUAAGUACAUAUUUUACAUUUGUUUUACUAUAGAGUUGUGUGCCAUUAUAUUGUCAUUGACGUCAGUAUCGCUGACUUCGGAUGAUAUUGUUUUAUUUACAAAUGAUAAAGACUAUAAGUUGCAAGCAGAAUAUGAAAGUAAUUAUAUUUGAGAGUUACAUUCAAAAGAUUUCGUAAUAUUAAAAUUUUGUAAAAUUACAAUAUGUUUGUUUUUAAUGAAACGAGUUUUUCAAAAUUAAUUUUAGAAAUUAUUGAGACAUCAAAAACCCUUAAGCUACAAUUCUACGAAGAUUGUUUAAAUGAAAAUUGUACAAAAAAAUUAGAAAGCAAUCAAAACCACCUAAAGUACUUUUCGGAAUCAGAAAAACAAGAAUGUAAGAAUUACGAGCAGGUAGCUCAAUCCAUGAAUGACGUGUUAAAAUUUUGUGUCGAUAUGAAGAACAGCUCCUGGUAUGGGGGCGCUGAAACGACGUAUCAGUAUUGGCCAUUGAAUAAACUUAACUGGACGGAGACACCAUAUGUGACCAAAGAGUCAGACAGUGAAGCAGUGAGUGAUAAAUUGAUGUUUUUUAAUGUUAACCUUUUGAAUAUAUAAUUGUGUUAUUUUCUUCACAUUAUUAAUGAAAAAGUACAGAGUGACAAUUAUGUCUAUGUAUCUAAUUUUAAAAUGUGUUAUUUAUAUUAUAAAAUAAUAUUUUGAUACAGGCUCUUACUCGCACUACUGGGUUGUACUUUUAAAAUAAGUCAUCAAUAACUACAGUAUGAAUAUUUUAACAUUGUUUAAUAUAAAUUUGUUUGUAUUAUUUAGGUUUUGGAGUCAUAUUUUUUCAACUCUGACGGUUUCUAUAUACAUAUUGACGAUUCGGUAGCUUUAUUUGUGGACAUAAAUGGUCCGCGGCCGGGUUACAUGUGUUUUACGGCAAAAGUCACUGGACCCUACAGGAAAACUAAAAAUACUAUGCAAUUUCGUAUAUGCAAGUAUAGUAAUCCACGGGAAGCGCAUGAAAAUGCUAUAAGAGAUGUCUUCGGUAUGCCAUUAUCUAUUCCUGAUCCUUACAUGGUGAAGUAUCCGAUUUGGUCUACAUGGGCUAGGUACAAGGUUAAUGUUAGCACUUCCAAAGUUAAAAGUUAUGCUCGUGAAAUAGUAAAAUACGGAUUUCCGAGAGGUACCAUUGAAAUUGAUGAUAACUGGGAAACUUGUUAUGGAAGUGUAGAGUUCAAUACAUUAAGAUUUGAAAAUAUUAGAGAGCUUGUCAGCGACCUUAGUAAGUUAAUAUUUAAAAUGGGCAUUUUUAUAAUUAUAUCGACAUCAUCAACAUUAAACUUAACGGUAUAGAUAUAACAUCAUAAAAAAUUUAAAAUAGUACUUAACAUCAUAAAACCAACCUAUAGGUACCAUUGAUUUUUAUCACUCUUAGUUUUGGGGGUACAACCUAUAAUCGAUCUUGAUUUUAAAAUAAUCUAUUUAUGCAAUUUUUUCUUGAAAAACCAAAAAGAAAUUAAAACUUGAAAACCAAACGUGGGUAGUUUCAACCCCUCCCCCCAAAAAAGGUUGACAAAAAGUAACGGCUAAAUAAAAUUUUAGAGCGGAUUGUUUUUUAAAUUUACGAAAAAUAAAUUUAAAAAAAAGAUAUUGCUUUCAAAGAUAACCAAUGUCUUACGUUAUGCUGAUCACUCUGUAUAAUAUAAUUGAUGUAUUUAAGCUGUUAUAAUAACUAAAUGACGACGAUUAGAAAAACGUUUGUGUUUUAGCAUAUCUUAUAGUAUUCUAUGGCAUUUUAGGUCACAGGCAUGUAUGUAAAAUUAAAUAAUACAUUAUUAUUUAAUAGCACUUGAUGUGUUUUCGCGUUUAUCUAUUUAUUUAGGUUAUUAAUCCUUGUUUAUAUAUUCAAUAUUUACUCAAAUUUAAAGUUAAACCCAUACAAAUCAAACGUCUUAUAACACUAAAAAAUGUCCUUAAAUAAUUCACUAUAAUAUUAUAGUUAAUAUCGAUUUAUAGUUACUUACAUAACCACUCGGAAGUGUAUUUACAUGUUUACCGUCUAAAUAAAAAUUAUUUGACAAGGACCACGAAACAAAAAAUUCGGACAAAAAACUAACUAGGAACGAGUAUUCGUUUCUUUAUUAGACAAUUUUCUAUUGAUUACACUUUUAGUAAAAUAUCUAGAGUAAAUAAAGUCGUUAGUAGUAUUUUGAUUAAUACCGUUUUUUGCUAGAUCUGUCUGUUACAUUACUUGGAUUUACAUUAAUAUUAUAGUCGAUCUACGUAACACAAUUAUCUUCAGGUUCAACUAAUACUAGAUUGAUUUGUUAUUAUCAUUAAUGAUUCAAAAUAUCAUGUUGUUUAUAAUUCUUUAAUUUUAAAAUUUUUUUUUGUAUUGAUCACCAUUUAACUGUUGUCUAUUCAUCAAUACCAAAAUUUAAAAAAAAAAUGUAUGCAUGUACCUAUAGUACCUAUAUAUGUAUAAAUAUGUUCCUGCAACCACUUGAGGUACGAAAAUUGUAUACAAGCUCUGGCGUAUUUCAUUAAUUCAGUCAUAUCGUUCUUAUUGCUGAUAUUCUUAAAUUAUAUAUAACUGAAAAUCUGACAAGUGACUGUAAAUUAUGUAAAUAGCUAAAUAUUUAAAAAAUAUAGAUAUCUUCUUAAUGUUUCAUCCUCUAUAGAUUAUAGUAGUGAAGAGAUUUCUUUUUCUAUAGUUUUUAUUAUGAUAAUAUGUAUAAAAUAAUAAUAAUUUACCUACGACCUACCUGGGUGUUUAAAAUUUUAAAAUUCUAUUAAUAGCAAAUAUUGUAUUUUCUACAAUAUUAUUUUGUUAUAGAAUCAAUUGGUUUUAAAACUUCACUGUGGACACAUCCCUUCAUCAAUUUGAACUGUUAUAAACAUGAUAUAGCUAAUUCAAAAGGAUAUUUUGUGAAUAGCACAAGAAACACAGUUAAUUCAACGUGGUGGAAUGGACAGGCCUCUUACAUUGAUUUCACAAAUCCAGAAGCAGCAACCUGGUGGUCUAAUGCACUGCACGAAUUACUAGAAAAAACUGGAAUUGAUACAUUGAAAUUUGAUGCUGGAGAGUCCAGUUGGUAUGUUAACUAUGCUCAAUAAUAGAUAAUAAAAUGUACAGCGAGAAAGAGAAUUUUAAUUUUAUUAAAUAUCUACUAGCGGAUAUCAUUGUAAACAUUUCGUACACAAUUGAAAAACAAAAAUGAAUAAUAUUUCUUAUUUAGAGUUUCUGAAAAAUUUGAAUUUGAAAUAUGUUAACCCCUGAGUGGAGUGAGAAAUGUAUUGGUUUUAUAUGUGUGCUUUUUUUUUUUAUAUAUAUAAAUUAUUUUUCUAUCCGUGAAAAAUUCUUUAAUCUUGUAUUUAAUCUGGUAUCAGUAAUACAUAAUUUUUGCGAUUUUCGUUUGAAUUUCAAAAUGUUUAUUAAAAAAAAAAAAAACGUCCGAUGAUUUUUGAAAUUUUAACACAUCUAGGUAAGUCCAAUAUAAGUAUUAUUACCAAGUUUCAAGUCUCUACGUGUAUUUAUAACCGAAAAACAGCAAAAAACCCCUAAAAAUUAAAAUUCCUUAAAAGCUCAACAUUUUUUGCGAUGAUAAAGUAAAAUAAAAAGGCUACAAAAUAGGUGUCUUAUUGUGAUUUUUCGAUUAAAUCAUUUUUUAUGGUAGAAAACGUCGUGCUUGUUUUUAUAAAAUAAUGAAAUCGUGAAAUUGUAAGUUUUCCUACGUUUUUUUCCCACUUAAGUGCUUUUAUUUAAAAAAUAUAUAUGUUUUACAUUUUAGGUUUGAACGCUAUAUUAUUGAAACUAUAGGUUUUGUGUUCAAUCAGUGGCGGCUAUCUUGAAAAAUAUAACAGGUGCUUACUUAAGAAAAACUAGUACUCUCUACCAAUAUUUUGGGUAACCCAAAAAAUUACCCAUUUCAUAAAAACCGUGUUUUAACGUACCAACAUUUAAAGUUUAUUUUGAUGGGGUUUUUAAUUCUUUUACAGUUGUAGGCUACAUAAAAACUUUUUAGGUAUUUUAAUGUAUUCACUUUAUACCAGUGAUGUAACCGGGGGGGGGAUGUGGGUGAUGUAUCACCUCACAAAACCUUUUUUUUCUACUUUAAAUAUUAAUAUUGCCAUGAUAUAUAUAUACUAUGGAUAUUAAUAUUAUUUAUUAUUAAUGACAAAUACUUAAAUCACCCCCAAAAUAAGGUCCUAGUUACUCAACUGCUUCACACAUACUAAUAUAAUAUAAUUUAUAGUCUAUAAAUUAUGUACUAAUUAACUACUGAAUACUAAGUAUGUGUGAAUACAUUUUAUUCAUCAUUAGGGCUCGGAUUUAUAUGUGUUUAUAGUACAAAAAUAUGUAUUUAUACGACUAAAAUAUGUACAUGAAAAAUAUUCUAAAACUAUGCUUAUUUGAAUUUUUUAGUGAAAUCAUAUCGUUCUGUAAAUAUUAUUUUAAAAAUUAUUAUUUACAUAUAAAAACUGAUACAAAUUAAUUAUUACUUAAAAAUGAAUUUAUUAUUAAUCAAUUUGAUUACAAAAAAAUAAUAAUAUGCAUUCUAUGAUAUGCACAAUAUGCAUGGUUUUCCACCCGUCGCAGUCCUAGGCCAUGGUCAUAAUAGAUUCUUUUAAAAUCUAAUAUUCUAUUAAUCUAUAACAUUAUAGUAUUAUGCAUUUAUGUCUAUGUUUCAAUUGUAUUAUUAUUGUGUUAAAAAUCAAGGGUCUUGUGAGUUGAUACUGGUAUCUGGAUGUCCGAGACCUAAUAGUUAUAACCCACCUACUACAAUCAUGAAAGGGGUGCAUGAACAUCUUUACAGAUACGUGAUAGCAUUCACUAUGUUCAAUUAUUGUUUUAUGGGAUAAAAUUCAUUCAAAAUAAGUACAAAUUGAUUAAAUAUGCAUUUGUGUGCACAAAAAAGUCAUUAAAUAUGUUAUUCUUAAAAAAAUUACUAAAAUAUAAUAUAACACGUGUUGUUUUGGGUCUUCUUACCAUUUUUAGAUUUUGAGCGGAGCGAGGAAUGUAUUGGUUUUACAAUAAUGUUUAUUUUUUUUUUUCUGUAAAUAACUUUUCUACCAGAAAUCUUGCUCCGAUUUUAAAGUGUACCUAGUACUUUUUCUGAAAGUAAAUGUUAUCUUGUUUGUACUUUAGAGAGGUCAUUAUUUAAUUUUCUAAGCGGUUUUCAUAAUAAUUGGGAAAAAUCGGGAAUAAACUUAGGAAAAACAGGAAAAUGUAUUAUUUUCAAUUUUGUUUUUUAUUGUGAUUUAGUUAAAAAUAUUCGUAGAGACUUGAAAUUUGGACAGAAAAAUAAUAUUUACCUUUCCUAAACGUGGUAAAAUUUUUAAAAUAUUUAUGAAAUUUUUGAGCUAUUUAUAGACAUUUAUUAAUUUUGCGAAUUUAUUACAUAAUUUUUAUUUGGUAAGUAUUAUUCUAUAGAUGAAAUUGUUGACUAAAUAGAAAUGCAUUAAAAUUUAAUUGGAGAAUCAUUAUAAAUUGUACUUUGCGGUUUAAAAAUAAAAAAUAAAAACAUUCGAGUGUAAUGUAGACAUUUUUUUAUAAGAAUAUUAAUAUCAGAUUUUGACGAAAAUCGUAAAUAUUAAGACCUCAUAAAGCAUGUACAAUCAAACUCUACUCAAAAUUAUUUUUAAUUAGCAAUCGUUGCGUACAGAUACAUAUUAUAUUUUCCCUCUCCGUUUCCAACUUCUCACCUACAACAGUCAUCCACCCAUCGUGCGAAGUACGUUUUUUUUAUUUAUGUAAAUUAAAAUUAAUCUUUUUUUUAGGAACCCCCAACUUCCAAUUUUUUAUGAUAAAGAUUUGACAUACUACCCUGAUAAUAUUGUUAACGCAUAUCUUAAAACUCUUAUGUCUUUUGGCAAUGGCAUUGAGUAUAGAUCAUCCAGAAGAAGUCAUGAAUAUGGACGUUUCUUAAGAAUGAUAGAUCGAGAGUCUCGAUGGGAUUUUCACUUAGGAUUACCAACAUUAAUAACAUCUCUUUUACAUUUGAAUAUGAUUGGUUAUCCGUUUGUAUUACCGGAUAUGAUAGGGGGAAACGGAUAUAAAACAUUGCCUUCUAAAGAAAUGUAUAUUAGAUGGAUGCAGGCGAAUACGUUCAUGCCUGUUGUACAAUUUUCGUAUACACCGUGGGAUUUCGAUCAACAAGUAACUGUCCUUUUGAGUAUAUUUGACAUUUGAAAACAAUAAUUAUACAAGGGAUAAUAUCGUGUUAAUAUUUAAUAACGUAAUUUUUAAAUAUUUUAGACAAUCAAUAUAUGCAAACGUUUUAUGGAUCUUCGUAAUAACUAUACUGACACUAUAAUACAAUUGAUGAGAAGUAGCGUAGUUAAAGGAAGCCCGGUAAAUCCUCCAGUGUGGUGGAUCGAUCCUACCGAUCCUGUGGCACAGAUAAUUGAUGAUGGUACGAAUAUAUAUAUUUUUUUUACUACAUUCAAAUUAUUUAUGUAUUUAUAAAUAAUAAUAUCAAAUGCGUGCAUGCAAUAAUUAUGUAUGUACGAAUUUAAAAUGUAAUAUCCAAACACUAUUUCAGUCUGCAUUUUCCUAAUGAUCUUAGGCUGAUAUUUUAUCAUAAAAAAAUUAAGUUCGGUUUAGCUUACAAAUUGAAUUUUAUGAAAAGUACGAGUUCAUCAUUUUAUUUUAAAAUCGAUAUUAACUCGAAUAAUUCCAUAAAUGCCUAUUUUUUGAAAUAUUGCUAUGCAUAGUCUCCCGUAAAUGUUGUUUUUAACAAAAUCUAAUAUUUUUCAAAAAAUAUUAAGCCAUUUUUUUCUGUUACUAGAGUUUCUAUUGGGAGAAGAUAUUCUUGUGGCCCCGGUAAUUACCGAAAACGCUGUUUCCCGAGAUAUUUACUUGCCUACUGGCUUGUGGCGUGAUGAAAACAAUCCCGGUUCACCUCUCUUAUCCGGUAGAUCGUGGCUGAAGAAUUACCCUGCAAAUCUCGAAGUCCUUCCGUGGUUUACCAAAGUGAGCCCCAUGCAGCAACCUUCAAACGGUUGUAAUAACAUUAUUCAAGCUAAAUAUUUGUUACUAAUGGUGAUUGUAUUAUUAUUACAUAAAAAUCAUAAUAUUUUUGUUUAAUAAAAGUGAAUAUUUUUCACAUAUUUUUACUUCAUUCACAAUUUAAGGAUUGAAAAAUACGUAUGGUUUAAAGCCUCUUUUUUAUUUAACUGGAGUUUCGUUAUAUGUCGUAUUUAGUGGUCAAAAAAAAAAAAAAAAAAAAUGAGUGUAAUGCAGUAUUUUAUUUUUUUUUUAUAAGAGUUUUAGAAUCAAAUUUUGUUGAAAAUUGUAAAUAUUAUCGCUUUUCAAAACAUAUAUAACCGAACUUCGCUUCGAAUCGUUUUUCGUCAACAAUGGUUUAUCGUUUAUUAUUAAUAUAAAUUAAAUAACCUUGUGUAUCCUGCCUUCUCAGAUUCUCACUUAUGACAGUUGUAUAUUUGUCUCCAGUAUCAGCUUUUUUUUUAAAAAUUUUAUUGUUAGUAAAUAGAUAUUGAAUUGGUCGAAUAAAAUCCAGUUUAUAAUACAUAUAUAUAUAUAUAUAUAUAUAUAGAACAAUUAUACACAAAACUAUUUACAACAAUUUUAAAGCAUUAUUAAUCUUUUUUUUUCUCCUAAAAACCAAUCUAUGAUGAUUACUGUUUGGACAUUCACAUUGUUUUUUUGCCCUAGUUAUAUCAUUAUCACUAAUUUUUGGUAACGCUGAUAAAAAUAUCAAAGAAAUAAUAAAUAACACGGUUAUAAAUACUAUAUUAUUUUAUUGUCCAUAACCUGUAGCCGUGAUUGAAAAAUAACGGUCAAAAAAUGCCAAAUCCGCUCAUCGUCCCUCCUCAAAUACGCCACUGGGAUAAGAUGAUGCACAGAGAUAAAUGUCAUUAGGUUUUAAUUUUUGUAAACGUCUUUGGUUAUUGUUUUUAAAAAUCAUUACCUAAGUAAUUUAUUAAUUCAGAAUUUUUUUUCGAGCAAAAUAAUCAAGUGUAAUAAUACCCGAACAAAUUAAUGCAUUAUGAUUAUGAAUCAUAGUUAAUAUAUUAUGUUAAUAUACUGUGAUCCUUAUGUUCUUAUACUCAAACAAGUUUAUUUAUGUUUUAGGUCAGGAUUUAUGUAGGUAGUGAUGUAUCAUGACAAGUAUUAUAUUAUAGCUGCUAUAUCCCAUACCUAUAUGAAUUACAUAUAUAGGUACAUAUAUAUUGAUAUAUGUCAUAGGUAUUUUAUUACAUUUUUAGACAUUUUAAUUAGUUCAUCCUGUAAACCCAUUUUAUUUUUUUCUUGUAAGAUUAAAUUUCGACCAGAAGACUUACUUUAAGAAUAAAAAUCUUAAUUGUUUUGUAUCAUUUUGGCUUCCUGUUAAUUCAUUAGAUGCGUAAUGUUUUAAAAUUCCAUUAACUAUAUAGUUAAAACAUAGUAGUACACAGUUGUUUAAUUUUUUAUUUUAAAUAUGUUUACGUAAUUUCGUUUACGUGGCUGUAUUAAACAUAUAUAUAUGAUUGGCUCUAUCCGAAUUGCGUGUCAAAAGAGAACGAUGUUGGUCGACAACCGAGUUGCACGCGCGAUUUUUUUAUGACAGAGUUGAGUUGCAUACGAUUAGUUAUGAUUAUAAUCUUUAGAUAACAAAACUAUAAACAGUUUAACGAUUUUAUAACUUUUGAUGAUUAGUCAAUAGUUAGACAUUGAAGCGAUUACGAACACCUACGACAGAAAAAAAACAUGAAUAUCAUAUACCUACAGUGAAAAAAAUAAAAAUAUACAUUAUUGACGGACAUAAAUUUCAUUUCAAUACAUUUGUAAAUAACAAUAUUGAGAGAUGGGCAUGCACAAAAAAAUGUGUACAUUUUAUUUACUUAAAAAUUCAAUCACUUGAUCUAAGUAAAUAUUUUAAAAAUGUUUAAUCGUAAAAUCAAAAAAUAAGAGUAUUUGUAUAGGAGAACAUUUUUUACACAAUAUAAAAUUAAAAAAAAAAAAUUCGCUCACACAACUCGACUCAGUUUUUAAAAAAUACGCACGCAGCUCAACCUAUAUUAAAAUUUUUGCCAUUCGGAAACACCGUUAUUAUUAUAUAUUUUAAAUUCAAUAUUAAGUUAAAAUUUAAAGAAUUUAAUAUUAACUUAAUGUGAAAUUAUUCAAAAUUAAUUUUAAAUUUAUGUGAACAAAAAUAAGUUUAGUUAAUAAAAAAACAAAUGUUAAAAGCUUAAAAGUUAAAUAUUAAAAUUAACUUAACUUUUAACUUGUUAAUAUCCAUUUUUGGAUGCCACUAUAAUAUUAUGAUGUAUUAAUUCUAUUAUUUUCGUAUUCGUUUUCAAAUAAUAGAUACAAAAUAUUAGCGAAUGCAAUAAUGAUAAAAAGUUAAAGUAGAUAUACCUUCUAUGUAAACGGCAAGGUUUGUAUCAUAGCACUCAUGGCAGUCAAGUGGUUAUUUGUGUAAUGUUUUUUUCAUACUCAGGUGACUGCAGAGAAACACGAUUUCGUAGGCAUCCCUAAUCUUGUUAAUGAAUAG